AUGGCGGCGCUGCAGGAGGUGUUACGGAGAAUCCACGCGACCUCCUCCUACCAGCUAUUUCUCAAUAUCAUCUACUCCGUGCUGCUGCUGUUCGCCAUCGCCAUCGUCGCCAUGAACGGCAGCGUCAUCGCCGCGCUGGCGUCUAUUGGCAACCUCGACGCGGCUUUGAUCUUCGUCGGCAGUCUCGCGGUCUUCGACCUGCUCGCCGGAAUUAACAUUGCUCUAAAGUUCGCACUGCUAGUCGCCAAGGUGAUGCCGGCGAGCAGCGCCACCUGUUGGGCGACCGACUACAUACUCAUCUUCACGAUCACGGGCCUACCGAUCAACAUACUGCUGCUGUCCUUGGACCGCUACUUCAAGGUCGUGCGCCCGCACGCGCACGUCUUUGACCGCAAGACGGCGUGGGCGUGCGUCGCCGCGCUGUACGUCGCCGUCGGCGUGUACGCGGCGCUGCCGGCCGCCGUCGGCUGGGACUUCGUGAGCCAGCACGGCGGCGACAGCGCCAUCUACGCGAGCUGGCCGUGCGUGACGGCGCCCUACAUGACGAGCCACGCCAAUGUCGCUGCGGCCGAAUUCUCCUGCACGCUGCUCGCGAUAGCCGUGCUCUACGCGCUGAUUCUGCGACGUUGGCUGCCGACGGUCGUCUUUCUUGCCUCCCUCGAUGGCUUCGGUUUCAGCUUCUUCUAUGUGAAUGCGUCACUGCUGAUGCUGAUAAACGUCAGUCAGCUGUGCGGACCGCUCAUCUACGCCUACCGCAUACCCUGCAUCCGCGAGCGCAUCUACAAGUGGCUGCAGGCGGCAUGCCAUGCGUACUCAAAUAUCCUGCUCUCCUAUGUUGUAAACAACUAG